AACUGUGAAUAAACACACAGACAAACAAACAACUCCCUCUCUUCCUUUACAGCAAACAAAGAAGAAGAAAAAAAAGACAGCGUCUUCUUCUUCUGCAAUCUUCACCAGUGCAGCGAUGAAGAUUCACUAUUGGUAAGCAGAAAUCCAAAAGUUUGUCUUUUUCGUUAUUCCCGUUGAACAUGCCGUCUCGUUCAAUCCCAGCUCCGUCGCCGGCGCCUUCCCAGUUCCGCCACACUCCGACGGCUCCUCUGGCGGCGGCGGCCACCGGCGCCGCCUUCUCGGUCCUUCUAUUCUUGGUUGUCUGCUUCCGCAAGGUCACUCGCAAGCGCACGGCCCCCGAGGCCGACUCCAUCCCCAACUCCAAAUCCAAGCCUCCACACCGCCUCCCCUACGCCGUCCUCCGCCGCGCCACCGACUCCUUCUCCCCAUCCCGCCGCCUCGGCCAGGGCGGCUUCGGCCCCGUCUUCUACGGCACCCUCCCCAAGACCGGCCAGCAGAUCGCCGUCAAGCUCAUGGACUCCGGCUCCCUCCAGGGCGAGCGCGAGUUCCAGAACGAGCUCUUCUUCGCCGCCAUGCUCGACUCCCACCAUGUUGUCUCCGUCCUCGGCUUCUCCUCCGACCGGAAGCGUCGCCGGAUGCUGCUCGUCUACGAGUUCAUGCACAACGGCAAUUUGCAGGACGCUCUACUGCAUCGGAAAUGCCCCGAGCUGAUGAUGUGGAAGAAGAGGUUCGCGAUCGCGGUCGAUAUCGCCAAAGGCUUGGAGUACCUCCACGGAUUGGAGCAGCCGAUUAUCCAUGGCGAUAUCAAGCCUAGUAAUAUACUUUUGGACAGGUACUUCUCUGCUAAAAUUGGGGAUUUUGGGCUCGCUAGGUUGAAAUUGGAUUAUCAGAUUGAGGUGUCUGUAGAGGGAUGUGAUGCUACGAAGACGACGAACGGUAGUCAUGGCGGCGGAGUUGAGGAUUAUGGCUCGGUGGUUGAGGAAACUGAGAGUGUCACUACGGUGUUUGAGGAAUUGAAUGCGGGUUUCGAUCUAUCGCCGGAGAGUUUCGUAAAGGUUUCGACUUCGCCCGAGCCGGUGGUGAUGGCGUCUUCGGCGGCUUCUGCGUUGACGGAAUCGCCGGAGGGAUUCGAGAAAGCGAGCGCAUCGGAGAGCAAUUUUGACAAGGCGUCUCCGGCGAAACAGAAUCGGGAUAAAGAUUGGUGGUUGAGACAGGACGAUGGGGCUGUGAAGGACUAUGUGUUGGAAUGGAUUGGGACUGAGAUAAAGAACGAGAGACCGAAGAGUGAUUGGAUUGGACCGACGGCUUCGUCGAGUAAUGAUAAUUUCGGGAAGGCCGAGAAGAAGAAAAAGAAGAGUGGUAGGAAGCAAUUGGAUUGGUGGAUGUCAAUGGAUGACGAAAAGGAAAAAAACGUGAAGAAUUCAUCGAGGAAGGAGAAGAGGAGACCGGCAAGGGAGUGGUGGAAGGAGGAGUACUGCGAAGAGCUCGCGAAGAAAAAGAAGAAAAAGAUGAAGCAACAGAGGGGAACGGUGAGUGAUGUCGAAAAUGGUGAUGGUUGGUGGCUGCAAGACGAGGAAUUCUACACGGAGAGGAGGAGGAAGAACAAGAGCAGGAGUCGAAGUCGGAGUAGCUUAGAUUGGUGGUUGGACGGGCUUAGCGGCGAGCUGAGGAGACCCCGACGCAAUGGCAAUAAUGACUCCGCUAGUGGAGAAAUUCCCAGGAGUGGAGAAAUUCCCAGGAGUGGUGGCUUCAGUAGCACUCCUAGUAUGCGAGGAACCGUGUGUUAUGUUGCCCCGGAAACUGGUUUCGGUGAGAAUGCUUCGGAGAGGUGUGAUGUUUAUAGCUUUGGGGUCUCAUUUUUAGUCCUUAUAGCCGGGAGACGCCCACUUCAGGUGACAACUUCACCUUUAUCCGAAUACAAGAGUGCGAAUCUCUUGUCAUGGGCUCGGCAUCUUGCCCGAGAAGGAAAACUUCUUGAUCUUGUUGAUAAGUCUAUUCAGUCUUUGGAUCAAGAACAGGCUAUUCUUUGCAUCACAGUUGCGUUGCUGUGUUUGCAGAAGAUACCGGCUCGCAGGCCUUCAAUGAAAGAGGUUGUGGGGAUGCUUACUGGGGAAUUGGAACCUCCCCGGUUACCGGCUGAUUUGUCCCCUUCGCCGCAGUCAAGAUUUCCAUUCAAGACUCAUAAAAGGGUCCGGUGAGUUUGUCUAAUUUCUAAACUUGUGUUUGUUUAUUUAUGUUAAACAGUAGAUGGUAUACUGAUUGUAAAUCACUACCCUUCAGUUUUGUGGGUGAUUCACGUAUACAAGAAAAUUUGAGAAGAAAAGAAAGGGAGAUAAUUUAUGUUUCACAUCAAUGGAGUUGAUUAUUACAAAUGCUUUUCUCUUCAUUUUGUUGAUUACAGGAUUGGCAUAUAUUACAUCCAAAAGUUAUUAGAUCUAGCUAUUCAGGGCAUAAAUUUUGGCGUAAAUCAUAACACCGUGACCCCACUUUCUUUCUUUGUUACAUGGAUUUCAGUAUUGUCAUCAUGAACAGUUCCUUUUUGCUUUUCAACGACAAACAUGCUUUUUGUUAGUCUGUUUUCUAGAUACUCGAUUAAGGGACUUCCCUCCUCCUCUCUAACAGUCAACACAGAAGAAGAAAAAAGGAAAAAAGAGAAGAAAAAAAAAAAAGGAAUUGAUGAAAAAGAAAAAGAAAACAAAGAAGUAGCUUGCUUUUUAUCUUUAGAGAAUUUUAUGGCCAGGAGAAUUGUCCCAUUGGUGUCGACACUUUUCAUAGGUUGACCCUGCUUUUUGUAUAUGCAAUUUUGUAUCUUGGUAGAA